CUAGUUGCUCGCGGACCACAGUGCGGGGCGGACGUACACCUCGGGCUCGUCUGCUUCUCGCCGCCACACCGCUGCUCCUCGACUCGCGCUGUCUCCGCUCGCUUGUCGCUCUGGUGUCCCCGAGUUUUUUAAGCUUUCGAUUGACGAACAGUUUUAAUCAGCCCUCGUUCGAAAGUGUUCCGAAGACAUUGUUACGUCGUGUGAGAAAGAGUAAGAAAAAAAGCGAAGAGAAAAGAAAGAAAAAUAUAUUUGCUGACGGACAGUUCUUUCCACUCAUGUGACGGUUUUGUGAAGUUUGUCAUUGACUCGUUACCGCUAAUAUUCCAAUCAGCGGUCCAUUUGAUUUUAUUUUCGAUACAUUAGCCAUCAAAACCGACCGAUAAUUUGAUGGGAUUGAUGAAUCCUCUCCACGCCGAGUUGAAGACUUGACGAUAGAAGAAAACCACGAGAAGACAAGGCCAGAUUUUGAAGACGCUUAGAUUAAAACCUCCCCGAUGUUAGCGUUAGAAACCCCAAUGGAUCUGUUUCACCAGCAGCAACAGCAGCUGGCUGAGUUGGGUCGCAAACAGCUGGAGCAGAUCCUGCAGCAGCUACAAGAGCAGCUGCAGGUCAACCUCAUCCAGCAGACGCAGCUCAUGCAGACCGCAGACAAGAGCAAGGCGUCCGGCCCCUUGGCUCAGCUGGGCGCACAGCAGCAGCAGUUGGUGCAGCAGUUGCAGGCGGUGCAGCGGCAGUACUUGCUGCAGUCGGGCCUUCAUCCGGGCCUUCAUCACCACAAUGGAGAAACUCGUUCACCCCCCGGCAGCGGAAGCGAGGGGGGAGGAGCCUGGAAGGAACGAGGAGAGCGCUCAGAAACCCCUUCACCUCAUCACCACAACAACAACAACAACAACAAUAAUAACAACAACAACGAGCGUGACCAGAAGCCGAUGCCACCGCCCGCUGCGAAUGGUCGCGAGAUGAACGGCGUGGGCAGCGAAGACGAAGACCCAAGCGCCCGCCGUGGCCACCCUCUGUAUGGCCACGGGGUGUGCAAAUGGCCAGGGUGCGAGGCCAUCUGCGAAGACAUUCACGCUUUCCACAAGCACCUCAACACAGAGCAUACCCUCGACGACCGCUCAACCGCACAGGCCAGAGUGCAGAUGCAGGUCGUAAGCCAGCUGGAACGUCAACUCACCAAGGAGAGAGAUAGAUUACAGGCAAUGAUGAAUCACCUCCACAUGAACAAGCAGCAGCAACAACAACAACAGCAACAGCAACAGCAACAGCAGCCUCCGCACCUGCCAGCGCCGCGAGUUGCGUCACCAGAGCCGCCGCAGCCGCAGCCGCAGCCCAUCGUCGAACCGCCAUCGCAAUAUCCUUCUCGUUCCCAGAGUCCUGGCGGUAUCCUGCCGAAAUUGCCCCUUGGCGCUGGCCUGCUUGGAGGAGGGGCGCUGGGUGCCAACCCCCUGGGACUCCCCCACUCUCCCAUGGCGCAGAUGCCGCCCGUGUCUUUGUUUGGUGCAAUAGGAACACGCCCGCCGCCCAUGCUCCAGCCGCCCACGCCCACGAGCUGCGGGCCGCUGCGCCGACGCCUAACAGACAAAGCCGCACUCCUUACUCCAGGUGGGACUCAAGAGUUGCAAUUUGGAGCAAGAUUUCUCACAGAUGUGUCGUGGCCGCUAGAGGACUCCCAAGUGACUAGACGCCGCCUGGCAGACCGCGCUGCUUUAGACGUUAAUGAAGAAAUACAAAGGAAUCGAGAAUUCUACAAGAGCACAGAAGUUCGCCCACCAUUUACCUAUGCAUCACUCAUAAGACAGGCAAUCAUAGAGUCGCCAGACAAGCAACUAACAUUGAAUGAGAUAUACAACUGGUUCCAAAAUACAUUUGCUUACUUCAGACGUAACGCAGCAACUUGGAAGAGCACCUUCGCGUACUUCAGACGUAAUGCUGCUACUUGGAAGAAUGCCGUCCGCCACAACCUGUCCCUUCACAAAUGUUUCAUGCGUGUGGAGAACGUCAAGGGCGCCGUGUGGACGGUGGAUGAAGUGGAAUUUUACAAGAGGCGACCACAACGCUGCGCCACCGGGGGUGUGCCCAGCAAAAGCCCAACUCUCACAGGCAGCCCAACUCUUUACGGCGAGGCCCUCAAUGCUAGCCUACAGGCUGCCUUGGCAGAUUCUAACCUGCCGCUGUUGAACACUGCCUUCAGUGUUAGCUCCAGUGUGGAUAAGAGCGGAUCCCCACCUGUAUCCUACCAUGAGGCAAUGACACGUCAUGAGGAGGAGGAAGAGCCUUCACAUAGAGAGCGUGAGCGUGAGGAGGAGCCAGAGGACUCCUACCCAUCACAGCUGGUCAAGCAGGAAAUGACUGAAGAGGAGACGCCAAUGGAAACUCAGCGAGACUGUGAAGACGAGACACACCCUGCAGCUUCUCCUGUAUCUCACUACCGUCAUUAUUCUGGGAUGGAGGAGGACCGGCCCCGCUCCCAUAGCCCAGUGCCACCCAGUCCUGUGUCCCAGCCACCACCACCACCUCCAGUGUCCCACUCAAUGCCCCAUGUGCCCACUUCACUGGGACUCCCCCCACCUCUGCAAUUACUACAUGAGGCUCACAUGAGGCAAGGACCUCCUCUAGAAGGCUAGUGAUGUAGGGUACGUGAAUGGAGUGACACAUUACCUCCCAGUGGUUAAAAACUACAUAAAAAUCACCACUUUUCCUACUGCCAUCUUCCUCAACAAGCCAGCCAGUGGAUUCUGGCAAGGAAGCAAGAUAAAUAACAGCCAGUUAUGGAUAUCUUGCAGUUAUGUUAUCUGGUAUCUUUUAUUUAGAUGGUGUAUUAUCUCCUGUACACAAAGAAAAAAAAAGCACUGGCUUGUGUACAUGAUGCAGGGAAACCUGUAGGAAAGGAAGGAAGAAUUUGUUAUUUUUGCACUGACGGAAUUAGACUUUCUAAUAGUAAUUGUUUCAUAUCAGACUAGUCUUACCUAAGGCACUGUCGUCGGUCAAGGCACAAGUGUGUAUGUUCUCGGUGAUGGACAGACAUUGUUUUGUACAGAAGGUUUUGACAAGGAUGUGAUCGCAUACUGUAGUAAAAGUGUAGAUUGAACUGGACUACAGGAAGCGCAGGCAGAGUCUUCUGGAGCCUCUAGCCUCACCUAGUGUAGAGUAGCCUAAGGCAACAGAUGGCUGGGCAGCCAACUGUGUACCAUUCCUAGAUGGGUCACCAAGAUCCAUGUGUGCUUUCCUAGCCCCUGAACCCCAUCCUUAGCCCAGUAGAUAUUGUCCAAGCAUGCGUCACAUUAAGUUCAACUUAAGACUAAACACAUUUCAAAAGUCUUAGUUGAACAAAAGUACUAGGCACUGAAUCAUAUUUAUUACUGAAAGGGACUACCAGCUAAAGUUAAAUAAUUUAUCAAGUGCCAUAUUUUGAGUCCUUUAUGAGCUAACAUGUUGUCAGUAUAAUGCAGUUAAAUUUGAUCUCAGACUUGAAAUAGCUCUUCCAUGACAAUUACUAGCACCUCCAGUCAGUAAACCCUUAAAUUUGUUUCACUCUUAUUAAACUAAAUGAAAGUUAGUAUUUAAAAAAAAUCACCUUUGUGUAGCAAGUCUACAAGAAACGAUCUUGUAAACUUCCUGCAAACGGCAAAGUUACAUUAUCAAUAUAAAUACAUCUUCCUGACGCAGUAGUCUUGUACCUCAAAGAAACCCACCUAUUUCCAUUAUUUACACUAUUUAUUUGUUAUUUAUAUUGUAGAGUAAGUGGGGUUAGGACAGCACAGAAAUGAGAUCCCUGGUAGUGUAGUGUUCUAGUGUAAAUUAGAUUUAAACAGCCAUCCCAAACCUAGUGAGACAUGGGAGAUGUGAUUGUGUAGUUGUCUGAAAUAUGUUUUGGGGUUCAGUUCUUGUAAAGGACUGCAGUCAGUAAGGUUCAAAAAAGUGUAGUGUAACAUGUCAAUUAUGUGAGGAAUGUUUCACCUCUAAAACAGAUUUUCAGGACAUAUGACAUGGCGUCAUAGAACACUGUCAAUGGUGUUUUUUAGAUUCUUUUAUUGGUUCUUCCUUUUUAGCUGAUUAAAUUAAGAAAUAAUGCAGGGUUUACUGUGACAUUGAAAUCUAAAUGAACCAGUGAACUGAAUUAUAAUUAUGGAAUUAUCUGUUGCCUGUCUCUAACCACAUCAUUUGCAAUGACUCAUUAUAACAGUGACUGUAACAUUAAAGUCCCAAGUGUCUAAGACAGCCAGAACAAUGUGUAUACCCUUCUCCAAAGUAAGUUCAUUGGGCUUGGUUCGUAGGAAUUGCAUAGAAUGGACCACUGUUGUAGAAGCAUUGUUAAAAAUGCUACCAUAUGAUACAUACUCAAGCCUGUGUAUUGCAUUACCACUGUAGGUUAGCCUUGCUGUGUUGGGGAGUCAGAACUAUGUUGGGUAUGCCAGUAACCAGAAAUCUCAUGUCUUCUCUUAACCAUUUCCAUACAUUCAGUUCCUAAUCCCAUCUCACUGUUACUGUAGAUUGCCAUUGUUUCAUCAAGUUCCUUUAUAUACAGUUGGUGUACUAUAUCUGUCACCUGCAGUUGGUGCACCCACUGCCAAAAGAUGUUGCAGUGAACCCCCAUUAUAGUUCUGUUCCCUAUAUCGCCAUAUGUCCCUGUUGGUCGCAAGUCACACGGUAGUAGAACAGCUUCUUGUAGAACAUUCCCCCCUUGGGCAACAUCAUGCCCAGACCCCAAGCAAUAACUGUCUGACGUAUGACUGAGUGUAUUACCAUGAACAGUUCCCCCUCUCCCAUUUUGCAAUGUCCAGCUACUGUCACUGAAUGUGGCUCUCUGUAAGGUAGUUGUUUAGAGGUGCUUUGUUUAUUUGAAGCUGCUAUAUAUACAUUGAACAUUCUGUGUAAGCAGAAGUUUAUUUCACUGUGACUUGCAGAGAGCCCUAGGUGCAAGCAUGGAUGAGAAGUGAGACCCGUAACAUGCGUGUGGUUUAAAUACUACUUCAGAAAGGUUUGUUUUAAUCGACAGUGAUAAAAAGCAAAUCUUGCCGAAGAGCAAGUUUGGUCUGGAUAAAACAAAGCAUUUAUUUGCCAUGGUGAUAUCAUAAUUUUCAGAAAAAGACAUUACAGGCAACAGAUAUGAACAAAAAUGACUGUUGGCAGUAUGUUUUUGUUAAACAAGUGUAACACAAUGUCCACAUGCAUAAAGGGCCUCCUGUAUAUAAUCUCUUGAAUGAAGUGAAACGCAGUAAACAAAGUAAGGACAGAGAGUGAUUUAGUUGGAAAAAUAUUCCACACUGAAUUGCUUACUACAGACUUGACUUUGGUAAUUGCGUGACUUAAUGAGCCAGGUCAGAGAUCUGGCCUCGUACAAGUGUACAGAUUUUUAAGUUACAGGUAUUACAACCAUCCUUUUGUUCAUAUUGUAAAUUCAACAAAGGCAGUAUCUAGUUGUGUCUGCCAAGACUCACUAAUAUUAUUAUUCAGAUUUAGUCCAGAGAACUAUAGAAGAUGAAUAAAGCAUGUCCUCAACUCUAUAUUUAUAUGGCAAAAUGCUUUGUAUGCCAGACAUGUUCAUUAAUGAUGAAAAUUAGUGUGUUUUGAUAUUCAGCGCAUAAGUGAAGAAUUUCUGUCCCUAUAGUCUCAUUCCCUACUGCUUGAGCAAAAUGUAUACAAGAUCUCCAUUGUCCAUAGUAAAGUUACAUCUUCCAGUGUGUGGAAAUAGACUGAAAAGUUUUACUAUUCAGGUAAACAGGGAGGUGGCAUCUGUGAUCUAUUUACUCGGUGAAACUGAAGGAAAACUACAUGACCAAGAUGCUUGAACCUUGAGGUUUGUGUGUGUAACUAAUAUAAAGAAAUAUUAAUAUAGUGGUUUACUCCAAAGACCAUGUGAAGAUCUGAAGUGAUUUUUUUUUUUUUUUUCGAGAGUGAACUUUCUGCAUGUGUGACAACUCAUUCAUUCCUUGGAAAAAGAUGUCUUUGUUUCAUAUGUUACCAAUUGAUUUCCAGUCUCUCUGCCAGAAAAAAAGAAGUAAUGGAAAGAAAUUGAGAACAAAGUGAUGAAAAAGAGCAUUCACAGUACCACAUAUGUAACUACUGGGACCUGUAAGAAAAUAGUAAAAAACUUGCAGGGUUACUUUAUGUGCAAUGGGCCAAUAUACUUUGGAAACGGUGAUAACCUUGAAAGUGAGUUUACUUUCCUGAGUCAGUAGACUAUAUUUAUUUUCAUAAUGUCAUGAUAGAAAAGAAAAGAAAAAAACGAAAAGAAAAAAACAAAAACAAUAGAAAUGAUCUGGAAGUUGUGAUAUUUGUGCUGACACUGAUCUGAGUAAAUACCCCAUGAUGUACUGUGACAAAUGCUUUUCACAGUUCAUAAGUCAUGACAAAUCACCUUUUAAUAAAUGUGUUUUCCCAGAUUACUGAUGCAAGAAUGACCAGAAAAAAAUAUGUGAUAAGUUGUUAACCAGAUUGCUGACCUCUAUGGAGUAUCUGUCUGCAAGUGUAGUUUUUUUCAGUGAUAAGUUGAAACACUGUACACCCCACAUGUAAAGUCCCUACAGAGCAAGUAAAGUCAUUAGAGUAA